AUGGCGAGCCGAUUUGAAUCUUUCCGCGAUCGCUUCGCAUCUCUUGUUCGAUCACCGGAGCCCACGGGCCACGCCGUUGUCCGGCCUGUCUUGAAGCCAGCAGGCCGUGGAUCGAAAUUUCGACGAUUAUUUUUUCCUUCUACAAAAGAGCCUCGUUUUACUACGCACACUAUAUCUGGAGCGCUGGAGGGGCCGUCGAAUACAACAAUUUCCACUAUACCGGAAACAACGGAACAGCACCAAGGGACGCAAACACCCCCAAAUAAUCAUGAAGAACAAACGACGGGGGUCGGCGACGAGCAACCGCAAAAUGCUAGGUGGAUAAGGCAGCCACGCAAAAGAAGACGGAUUGCUGGGCGAUUUCGUCUUAGUCCCGGGUUUGGAACGAGAGAAGCGAAGAAAAAAAUGAUGAGUUGUGUGAUAUCAGGCUCAAUUCUUGCGGUAGUAUUGGCAGUUUACAUGGCCCUUACGUUGACUACGACGAUUACGGGCCGCGAAUUUCAUAUAUUUCUUAUCCUUAUGUUAAUGAUGCUUACGAUGUAUUUCUGUCACUCAUUCAUUCGACUUUUUAUUAUUGCUUCUCGAGGCCCGGAUGAAGAAUUCGGUAGACGGAUGAGAUUUGCGGAGCUCGAUCAUCCGAUCCCUGUACGAUUUGCCCGCGACGAAGAGAUAGCAGCCGGAGACGCAGAAGAUAACAACCAAAAUACUCACCUUGCGGCGCCACCUCCGGCAUAUGGUCUAUGGAGAGAGAGUAUGAGAAUAAACCCAAAUAUGAUUUAUUGGCAACGUGUGGAGCAACCAGAAUCCCCACAAGUUGAAGAAUCCCGACCUGCAACGGCCAAUCGACCUCCGAGCUAUGUCUCUGACGAUGGCGUUCAAUAUGUUGUCGAGGUACAGCCUCGUUCGCUCACGCGACCAACAUCGCAUAUGCCCGAUAUCCCUGUGAUAGUUCUCCCCGAAGAAAGCAAUAUUCAACGACACUAG